ACUCACCAAAGUCCGUUUCAGUUGGGUAGCUGCGGUGACCCGGUGCGUACUUGUCAGCUGCGCAAUGCUGCUCAUUAUUUCGUUGCUUCUUGCCACGGUUGGCUACGUGCUGUUCAAUUACAAUAAGCGGCGCCAGCUUUUGCUGAACAUCCGCGCGCACUUUGAUGGACCUGAGUCAAAUUACUUUCUCGGGACGACGCCGGUGUUCUUUGGGAAGAGUAUUCCAGAUAUCUUCGACAUUAUCACCGGCUGGCACAAGGUGCACGGAGAAGAUGUGGCCAUUAUCGCUGCGUUCAACGAUUUGGUGCUAGAUUUGUCCAGCUCGAAGAAUGUCGAGAAAGUGCUGCUGGCGAAGGCUAUUAAAAAGUCUGAGCCGUAUGACUUUUUGGUUCCGUGGUUGGGAACAAGUCUGUUGAUAUCUACCGGGGAGAAGUGGUUCCAGCGGAGGAAGAUUAUUACUCCGACGUUCCACUUCAAGAUGCUCGAGAACUUCCUGGAUACAUUCAACAAGGAAGCAGACAUUCUAGUUGGCAAGCUGGAAGCUCAUGCUGGCAAAGGGGAGUUUGACAUCUACGAGCACGUAACAUUGUACGCCCUGGAUAGUAUCUGUGAAACUUCGAUGGGAGUCCAGGUGAACGCCCAGGAUGAUCCCAACAACGAGUACGCGAUUGCCGUCAAACAGAUGAGCACCUUCAUUCUUCGUCGCGUAUUCAGCGUGUUACGAUCCUUUCCGGCACUGUUCUUCCUGUAUCCGUUCGCACGGGAACAGAAGCGAGUCAUCCGAAAGCUGCACAACUUUACCAACUCCGUUAUCGAUUCCCGGCGGAAGAUGCUUGAACAAGAGCAAGCUAACUCCAAAGUGUCGUUUGAACAGCAAGAAGAAGACGUUUACACUAAACGUAGAAUUACCUUUCUGGACCUGCUUCUAAGUGUAACCGUCAACGGCAAGCCACUGAGUCGUGAGGACAUCCGUGAAGAAGUGGACACUUUUAUGUUUGAAGGGCACGAUACGACCACUUCGGGGAUCUCUUUCACGAUCUGGCAUCUGGCCAAGUAUCAGGACGUACAGCAGCGAUUAUACGAGGAAAUCGAUCGGAUUCUGGGCAAGGACAAGAAGACCGCGGAACUAACCAACUUGAAGAUACAGGAGUUUGAGUAUCUUGACAUGGUCGUGAAGGAAUCACUACGGUUGAUCCCUCCUGUUCCCAUCAUUGGAAGGUGCUUGCUAGAGGACAUGGAAAUGAAUGGCGUAACGAUCCCGGCCGGCACCAACAUCUCCAUCAAGAUCUGCAACAUCCACACGAACCCGAAAAUCUGGCCCAACCCGGAAAAGUUUGACCCGGAACGGUUCUCCAAGACGAACGAAGACAAGCGUGGACCGUACGACUACAUCCCGUUUAGUGCCGGGUCGAGGAACUGCAUCGGACAGCGGUAUGCCAUGAUGGAGCUGAAAGUGACCAUCAUAAAGAUGUUGGCCAGCUAUCGGAUUCUGCCCGGUGAGUCGAUGGAUCGGCUGCGGUUGAAGGCGGAUUUGGUGAUUCGACCGGAUGACGUCAUUCCGAUUAAGAUUGUGCGCCGGGAGGCUUGAUGGGUGGUGGGAAAUGUUGUGUG